CGGCUGCGCUGAAUCGAAACCCCCCGCCCCGAGCCAUGGAGCAAGCCACCCCUCCCGCCGCCGGCGUCGACCUGUCCCCGGCAGGCGCCGACCUCGGCCGGGUGCACCUCCUGCCCUGCGGCAUCAGGCACAGCAGCGCCGCCGCCGUCUCCGACUACUUCAAGCCCAGGGACACAGGUGUGGAGGUAGAAGGGGUGAGGGUGGAGGAAGCCUUCUUCCGCGGGAGGAAGCUGCAGGGCGCCACCGUCGCGCUCCCCGAUGGCUACCGAGGUUAUGUAUUGGAGAAGAAGAGUGCAGCAAAGGAUAUGCAGAACAUGGAUGGGGAUGCUAGCAAUUUUGUAUCCCGCGCAGAAUUCCAGAACAUAACUUACUGGAAUCAUGAUGCCAUGCCAUCAGCAGAAGAUCCUCUCCCACGCUGCUUUCAUUGGUUAACCAUUGCUAAUGCAAUGCACAAGCCAGUGACUGCCGAAGAGCUGGCUAACAUGUCAGCCACGCCGAACCAGAACAGCUGACCAAGAUCCAUUACAUAGUAAAUCUGUAAUUUGGUUCUAGCAGGUGAAUCGUCCCAACAACCAACCUAACAAGCAAAUUUACUACUACAAUGAACUUGGAGAUGUUGGAAUGAAAAGUGAGCCUGUGAGGGCCAGGCACUCUGUUUGUUCCAUGUUCUCUUCUUGAAUAGGGAAGUUCCUGCAUCGAUGUAAUGUUAUGUUUAGUAACUCUUGUGCUCUUUCCUGUUCUACAGUCAAGAUCCCCUCUCAGGCUAUCUUACCUGUAAUGUUGUGAUACCGUGCCAGUGUAAACUUUAAAUUUGUAAUGGCUUAAUAUGAUGUGCAAAAAAUUACAGUGCCUUUAUAUGA